AUGAAGACCGGCGCCUUCGUUGCAUCUUUCGCGCUGCUUGCCAGCUCUGUUAUCGCCCUUCCGACAUUCAAGCAGGCCGACUUGGGCUCUAUCAUUGCUGCUCUUGAUCAGGUCAGCCCGGCCGAUGCGGCUGCCGUUCAGCACGGGGCGGGAGCCACCAACAGCAAGCGCCAGGCCGAUAUCACCUCCUUCCUGACUGCUCUGCUCCCGGAGGGCACUGAUGACUUGCCCGUACCAGGUGCUCAUGGGAACUCGAAGCGACAGCUUGAUCAGCUUCUUAGUGGGCUGGGUGGGCUCGGUGGACAGGGCAACGGAGGAGCGGGCGGUAUUGGAGAUAUCGGCCAGCUUCUGAGUGGCCUUGUUGGAGGCAACAGUGGUGGUGCUGGAGGUCUUGGUGAACUCCUGAAGGGUCUUGGUGGGGGCAACGGUGAUGCUGCCGGAGGUCUCACUCAGCUUUUGAGCGGCCUUGGUGGAGGCAAUGGAGAGGGUGCUGGAGGUCUCAGUCAACUUCUGAGCGGCCUUGGGGGUGCCGGCGGUCUUGGUGAACUUCUGAAGGGAAUUGGUGGAGGCGCAGUUGGCGGUGGAAAGGACGAAGGUGCCGGCACAGGCUAUCAGGCCGAGAAGAUCUAG